GAUGACUGUCAGGCCGAGAUGGCUUCUUGUUCGAGCCUAGUAGAAAGGCUAAUUACGAUAUAUAAAAACGUACAUAUUUUUAAUUUAAAUAAAGGAAAAUUACUCUCAAUUUAUUGAAACAAUGGAUAAUCUGUUGCGCCAUAUUUUGUUAGCACCUCACCAUAGUCUGUCCUGUCAAAAUAUUAUUGAACUUGUUGUCAGAUUUGCGAUUUCUAUGAAAGAAAAAAAGCCGAAAACUAAAAAAAUUUUCAUUCAAAAUAGAUUUUUGUCCCACCUAAUGGAUUUUUGCUUCCAAAAUAAUGGGGAUAAAAAAUUUAAUGUCCGACUUCACUGCUGUCAAAUCAUAAACAAGAUCUUGAAUUCUUUCCCAGAUGAAACAGAACUCGACUUCAAGAUAGUCGAACUUAUCCACAAGACAAUGAUGGACAGAGUAAGAGACGUAAAGCCUCACGUACGAAUUGAGGCCGUUCGGUCGCUAAACCGUCUCCAAGAUCCCACAGAUUCAAAGUGUCCAGUAAUUGAGGGUAGUAACCCAUUUAAUCCAAGCCUUUCUUUACAUGAUUCAACAUGAUCCAAAUUACUCAGUUCGUCUCACUGUCCUCGAGUCAGUCGCAAUCGUCCCUGGGACUCUUCCAUUUAUUCUUGAAAGAACUUUUGACACAAAUAACGUAGUGAGAAGAGCAGCAUUCAGUAUUAUUGGUAGCAGAGUUGAAAUGUCUACUCUUUCUAUUCAACAAAGACUGGAUUUACUUCGCUAUGGACUUGUCGAUAACUGUGAGUCGGUUAGAACUGCUUGUUCGAAAAUGCUUGUUUCUGGAUGGCUUGGUUAUGUCGGAGGUGACGUGAUCAGUCUUUUGGAGCAUUUUGAUGUCGAAAGUGAUCUUGAACUCGUUGAAAAGGCUGUCAAACUUAUUUUUAAAGACAAAACUGAGGACUUUGUGGACCAACGUUUUCUUAAAUUCUUUCAAAAUUCUGGGUUUUGA